GCUAUGACACUCAGGAGGUGGAGGUAGAGCCUGGUCUCCGAGGUCCUGAAAUAGUCACCAUGGGGGAAAAUGACCCACCUGCUGCCGAAGCCCCCUUCUCCUUCAGAUCGCUUUUCGGCCUUGAUGAUUUGAAAAUAAGUCCUGUUACACCAGAUGCCGAUGCGGUGGCUGCCCAGAUCCUGUCUCUGCUGCCACUGAAGUUCUUUCCCAUCAUUGUCAUCGGGAUAAUUGCAUUGAUAUUAGCGCUGGCCAUUGGUCUGGGCAUCCACUUUGACUGCUCCGGGAAGUACAGGUGUCGGUCGUCUUUUAAGUGUAUUGAGCUGACGGCUAGAUGCGACGGAGUGUCAGACUGCAAAGACGGGGAAGAUGAGUACCGAUGUGUCCGCGUGAGCGGUCAGAACGCCGCACUCCAGGUGUUCACGGCUGCCACCUGGAGGACCAUGUGCUCUGAGGACUGGAAGAGUCACCACGCUACUGUCGCCUGUGCCCAGCUGGGGUUUCCAAGCUAUGUGAGUUCGGACACCAUCAGAGUGGAUUCACUGGAGGAGCAGUUCCGAGAGGACUUCGUUUCCAUCAAUCACCUCUUGCCAGAUGACAAAGUGACCACUUUACACCAGUCGGUGUACGUGAGGGAGGGAUGCACCUCGGGUUACGUGGUUACCUUGAAGUGCUCAGUCUGCGGUCUGAGGACGGGCUCCAGCCCGCGCAUCGUGGGUGGCAACGUGUCCUUGCUGGCGCAGUGGCCCUGGCAGGCCAGCCUGCAGUUCCAGGGCUACCACUUGUGCGGAGGGUCCGUCAUCACCCCCGUGUGGAUCGUCACUGCUGCCCACUGUGUUUAUGAUCUCUACCUCCCCAAGUCAUGGACCAUCCAGGUGGGCCUCGUUUCCCUGCUGGACAGUCCAGCCCCCUCCCAUCUGGUGGAAAAAAUCAUCUACCACAGCAAGUACAAGCCAAAGAGGUUGGGCAAUGACAUCGCCCUCAUGAAGCUGGCCGGGCCUGUCACUUUCAAUGAGAUGAUCCAGCCAGUCUGUCUGCCCAACUCCGAAGAGCACUUUCCUGAUGGGAAAAUGUGCUGGACGUCAGGCUGGGGGGCCACAGAGGAUGGAGGCGAUGCCUCCCCGGUCCUCAACCAUGCGGCUGUGCCUCUGAUCUCCAACAAGAUCUGCAACCACAGGGACGUGUACGGUGGCAUCAUCUCCCCCUCCAUGAUCUGUGCUGGCUACCUGAAAGGCGGUGUGGACAGCUGCCAGGGAGACAGCGGGGGGCCCCUGGUGUGUCAAGAGAGGAGGGUGUGGAAGUUGGUGGGAGCCACAAGCUUCGGCAUUGGCUGUGCCGCGGUGAACAAGCCCGGAGUCUACACCCGCAUCACCUCCUUCCUGGACUGGAUUCACGAGCAGAUGGAGAGGGACCUGAAAACUUGAAGAGAAAGAGGCAGGUUACCACCUUGAGUUCCAGCCAAGACGGAGACAUCCCUGUCCUUCCAUGGAUUCUAACAGCAGAGCCAAAAGAAGGAGCAUCUUUUCGUUCCUCUACAUCUAGAGCAAUUUUCUUCUAUCACCUCUAACAAGCCAGAGGGACAUUGGACUAAAAUGACCCCGAACCUCCUUUCUGAUCUUCACUAAGAACAGAAGCAGGAAUGCCUCCGAAGUGCUACAGUUUCCUUGUCCAUCUGGUUUCCUCCCCUGCAAAGCGAUCCACACCUUAGCCCCUCAACAAAGACACGGCAGCCUGGACCUGCAGGAGUGUGGUCAGUGCAGAUGCAGCUGUCUGCACCUUUUUAUCCGGGCACCAGAACCUAACCAAUUUUCUACCAGGAUCUCCUUUGACAUGUGGGAACUUAAGAUCAUAGUUUGAGGUUUAUUUCUGGUAUUUUUUGUAGCCUUUGGUGCUUGAUGUAUCAUUGUCCCUUGCUUCCAGAGGAUGUCCCCUUUCUUAGUGCAUUCAUCCCUCCGAGCUUGUCUGAAUGAAUCUUGACUGCUCGUAUAAGCUUAAUUCAAGAGGCUCAAUUAAUUUGAUCUCUUCUAUAUCCAUCGUGGGUUUUGUAUUUUCUGUUAGAACGGGUUUCUCGGCAGAUCAGAAUUAUCUGCUAUUACAUCACCGUGCUCAGAAACAGAGUAAGAAAAGAAAGUACUAAGCCAAAGCCAUCUAAACCUCACACAACGGUACUGAGGCAGACUAGACAGUCUCAAGUCGUUAAGAGGCCAGAGGUUUCCCUACCUCUCUGUAUGGGCCCAUUCAUCUCCCACGCAGCUGCAGGAUUAGAGACCCCUUUCUGUACCCACACACCUUCUGCAGUCCACAUAACACACACAUAACAGAGGAAGGUUACCUGGUAAGUAAUCACUGUCCAGUGGUGCUUUAUCACAAAUGACUUCAUCAGAAUAUGAAUCCGUUGCUUUGCCUGAGGUAACAGUGGGAAAGAUGGGUGAGUUUCAAAGAGCUCAGAGAUGGGUCCAUGUACCCGGGGAAGGGCCGGCUCCAGGAAGCCUCCAUGUGUGAGAAGGGG